UGAAGUCAAAACCGAGGGAGGGAAAAGGUGAUUGACCUUAAAAGGGGAAAAGAUGGGAAAUACUAAGUGUCUUAUACAGACCUUCAGUUAUUCCGUUGCUCAAACCGCCUUUAUAAAAUCAGUCCGCCAACAUCCAUGAGCUCCAGAUCCUGUAAGUGGUUCUUAAAGAAGGAUCUGCUGCUUGUCAAUAAGCUUCUGCAUGUACAAAAACACCCGAGGAAAAUGAGUAGAAGCCCAGAAUACCAGCACGACCAUUACAAAUUCACAUCUUAUCAUUUGAGCAAGUUAAGUACUUUCUCAACAUGUUUGCUAAUUUCAAAAGACGGCCACGAGUUUGCUUCAAAAUGCAGUAAUUUUACUGGACGGUUCCCAAUAAUUGUGAGAACUGUUGGUUGAUUCAUGAGGAAAAUAGACAAUUGGGAUUUAUUACAGUCAAAUUUUUGUUUCGUUUCUAUGUUGCUUUUAUUUCCACGUGAAAUCACGAGGAGACUUUGAGACGUCACAACUCCGCAGGCGCUUCCUAGUUUGACGGUGUUUUAUUUUCCAAUCCAAUUCUCGGAGCGGAAAUGUGUCCGCUGGUCGUUGGCAACUUGAGGCGGAAGUAGAAACGCGUCUGGCCGACUGUCGUCACUUAGGUCCGCGACAUGUAUUUAAAUCCGGACGCUCAGCCUUCCGGAGUCAGUGUAUCAUCAUCGACGCACAGCGAGAGAAUCAUGAGUGGCCGUGGAAARGGAGGAAAGGGACUCGGGAAGGGCGGCGCUAAGCGGCACCGUAAAGUCCUCCGCGAUAACAUCCAGGGYAUCACCAAGCCCGCCAUCCGCCGCCUGGCUCGCCGCGGCGGAGUCAARCGUAUCUCCGGCCUGAUCUACGAGGAGACCCGCGGCGUGCUCAAGGUGUUCCUGGAGAACGUGAUCCGUGACGCCGUGACGUACACCGAGCAC